AUGGAGCCAGACAUCAUCCCCUUGCACUCCGUCUCCCCCCCUCCACUGGAUGAUGACGGUUUCGGGGAAGUGGGAUCAGAGGAGGACGAGUUUGGGGACUUUGGGGCAUUCUCCGUUGGGGAGUCACCUGAUUCCCUUUCCAGCUUCAGACAGCUUUCGUCUACCGCCAUAAAGCCAGCCGCCCUUCAAUCCACUGUUGAACAAUCCCAGCCCACAUCCACUGUGCACGUGGGGUCCGGUAGGGGUCAGGAAUGUACUGCUGAAUCAUCUGUGCACCUCACAAAUGGAUUCUCUGUAAGGAACCACAUCUCUAGGACCCCCAUAGCCUCUGCUGUUGGGGGUCCCAAGGAAGAAACAGGGUUUGCUGAUUUCACUUUGUUCACAGAGCAAGCGGAGCACCCCUGGUGCUGCGGCUUCUCUCCCAUCGACCGCAAAGAGCAAUGGGAUGCCAGAGGAAAGGAAGGAAGGAAGUCAUCCAACAGCUUGGGGGAACACAGGCAUGGUUCAGGACAGGAUGUUGUGAUGGACUCUGAGCCCAGGCCUCAUUGUGCAUGUGAGACAAAGAAGGAGAAUGUUUGCAUUAAGGUCAAGCACUUUGAGAAAAGAGAUGCAGCACUCGUGCAAACAUCUCAGGACCAUGACCAGCCUCAGGAUUUCCAAUCGGAAGAGCCUAUUUCUAGAGAGGAGUGUGGGGACAUUCAGAGGGAAAGGGGGCAUUGUUUAAAUUCUUUACACACCACAGGGGUAACAGAGGAUGGAGAGUCAGAUGGAGAAGGUCGAGGAAACAGCAUUUCUACUGUCCCCCAAACAUUCAGUGUGUACGAGUCUGCUUCAGAGGAUCUGACCUCCUUCUGUGAUGAUUUUUCAAUGGAGUGUCCUUCUUUAGAUUUAGAACCAAAUGUUUCAUCUCUUGUUUCCCACGAUGAUGAGACUGACUGGGACCCGACUGAUGAUGAUGAUGAGGAAGGAGAAGCACUGGGAAAUGACAGGCAGUCGGAAGAAGAAAAGGGUUUUCAUUUUUGCGACCAAUCUGUGACUCAGGAAACUUCUGCUACCUCCGAACUCUCACAAACUGGAACACAUGCAGAAGAAAACUUUGCAGACUUCAGAGAGUGCACGUUAGAGCAAGGACACGUCCAAAGUGAUGAUGAUGAUGAUGAUGAAGAGGGGCUGAGUCUAGGAAACCUCCCUCCAAGUGACAGCUUUGCAGAUUUCUGCUCAGCGCCCACGCAGGAGGACGCAGAGGACUCGUGGGCGGAGUUCAAGGACCAGGGGGCUCAGGAGGACGGGAGAACUUGGACCCAGUUCAAAGAGCCAGUCAGCAGCCUGCAGGCGGAUGGGGACACGGAGGAGGAGCCAGAGAGGGGGGGGCCCAGGAGGAACAGCCGUCAGGAGGAGGAGGAGAAGAAACCUGCACUCUGUCCCAGGUCUCAGUGGAUUGGGCGGGGGGUGUGGUUGCCACACCAGGACCUCCAUGAAGCAGUUGGCCUCAAGUUUCAGUGGGGGGGCUCCUACACUAACAGGACUCUACUCAGGUGCCUUGGUGUGGAGACGAGGAACAUUGUGUUCAUUGGCAUGAAGAAGCAGCCAGUGGCUGUGCCAGCUUUUGCAUCCGGCCUGGGAAUGCUGGAGCCCACCAAAGACUCUGUACCAUCUGUCAGUUCUCCACGACACACAGCCGUCAUCACCACACAGACAACACCUCCAAAACCCCCCGGCUCACUGGACCACAAAACAUACUCAAUGCAGGAGGCGCUCCCCCCCCGGCAGCUGUCCUGGAGCAGCUCUCAGGACGGUACGUCCCCCCGCAGAGCCCCUCACUUCUGGGGCUGGAAGUAGACCACAGUUUGAGCUGUCCCUGCGUGGCUUCUUCUUCUUCUUCUUCUUCUUCUUCUUCUUCUUCUUCUUCUUCUUCUUCUUCUUCUUCUUCUUCUUCUUCUAAUGAACCUCUGGCAGUUUCUCUGGACUCCUCCUCACUUCCUUCAGGGCAUGUUCUGCUGCUUUUAAUUUACCCUUUGAUUCCCCUCCACUCACUCAGUGGGUGACCACAACAUCUUGUGAUUUCACCUAAUGAAACACAGUCUCUAUAAUCUGUCCAAACAAGAAUACUUGCACACAUAUAACAUCCAACAGACCCAGUCCCUAAACUUGGACUCAAAGUAAGAUAAAAAGCAUAAAAAUAACACAUAAUUGAUUCCAGAACCAUUUUUGGGGAAACAUUGUAUUGGCUACCCUUUUCUCCUUCCUUCAACUAGUGUCUCAUCUUUACCUGCUGCCAGCGUUUACAAAGAAUUCAUCUCAGUAUUUAUCAGUCCCAGUUGUUAUGUGGACACAUUGUGGCGUCCAUGUUGACGUGAUAACACCUAGGGACUACAAGGGAAAAACAGGAUGAACUCUUUUGGUGCAUUUCCUUUUAAACUACAACACAAAAUACCUGAGGGUACGGCUAGAUACAUCCCCAAAGCACUGACCUUAUUUACUCAUCCUAAUAUCAGUCAAUUCAUGGAGCAUCGUCACAACAUCUGCCAUGACGAUUCCUUGGAUUUUUUUUAUACAAAAGGACAAUUUUAUUGGAUUUAUUUGUAACCACUGUGAAGGUUGAACUUACUCUUCUACCUUUUUCCCAGUGCAUGACUAUAUAAUGCACUAAGAAUGAUGACGCCCAUAAAUCUGACACCAUUAUCCAGUUUCUGGCCCUUUUUCUAAACAGUGUUUAGUUUUCGUUGGAAGCUAUUUACUUGCCCAUAUGAGCUUGCCAAAAGGUAAAAUGUCCCACAGUUAAGUUAGACCUUUUGAUAAAGAGAAACCAAAAAAGACAACACAGGUAUUAGAGUGAUUCUUUGCUCAGGAGAUAUUUGAUGUAAUUUAUCACAUUUUUAGUAGUAGUGUUUACAUCAGUAUUACACACAAAGGAUGUGUUUCUAAUUAAAUGACUAUCCUUAUGUAUACAUCAGUAAUUGUUGCUAUUAUUACCGUUAUUUUAUGUGCAGGGCUUUCUUUGGUACAUUUAAUUAAAAGACCGAACCAGAGAAAGACCAGAAAAAGUGUUGCAGAUUAGAUGCUGCUAAAGAAAAUAAAAGUGUUGUAUGAAAUGUGCAGCAGAACCAAUUUUGCAUGUUUUGGAAGUGGGCAAAGUAAAAGUAUAAAAAAGAAGAAUGACAAAAUGUUUUAUUGCGAAACUAUUGCUCAUUAAGAUAACUGACUUUUCUUAAAUCACAAAAUCACAAAGUGGUAAAAGUCAGCAUGCAGACAGGUUUGAGUUUAGGCCCUUUGUUUGAAGCCCCUACUUUGUUUGUGUUCAUUGAUUUAAAAUGGAUCAUUGACGUCCAAACAGUGUUGGAAUAGUAAAGUUUGGACAGCAGAGGGCAGUAUAUUCUCUGUAGGUGCUCAAAACACGUGUACUGUAUUCACGAGGAACAAAUCAAGAGAUUUUAGGCCCUUUAAAUUCAAACAACCAGUCACCACUAAAGGAUGUGUUUGUAGUAAUACUUUAUUAAUGCAUUUAUUGUGUGGUUAGGUUCCAAUGCGUUGGAGAUUAUUGUCAUAAUUCUAAUAAUCAUUACCGCUGUCAUUUUAUGCUGCUUUUAUUAUUUUUCUUUGCUUUACUCCCUGUGCACUGAUGCGUAUUCAGUACUUAUGAGCAGCUGAACAGGAUAAAGAAGUGUUUAUUUCCAAAGCAAUUCAGUCUGAGGAAAAUUCAUAACUGUCAAUAUUUCAUUACCAAUCAGAACUGUUUAUACAACUGGAGUUACAGUAAUUAAUAUGAGUUGUGCCUUUAUGCCAGCAAUUGUUUUCUAAAAGGUUAUUGGAUUUUGGACCUACGUAUAGCUAGUUUAUUUACAUUUUUUUAUUUUUUAGAUGUACUGCUCAAAUCCAGAUGUAAUGCACUGACUGCAAUAACGACUUGUAGAACAUCCUUGUAAAUACUGAAAUAAAUCAGUCGAUCGUU